UGAAUGCUUGAUCAGAUAACCCAUAACCCAUCUCGAUUUGGGAGCACAGGGAAAUUAAAGGAAGAAUCCGCAGAGGCUGUGCAACAGCACGGAAGAGGCAAAGGGGACGCCCCAGACGGCAAGAGCAAGGACUACAGUAGCAAGGGCACGGCACAUGGAUCCCGCAGCAGUAAAGCUCUCAACUCUCACACAAGUUACAACUCACAAGCAGCGGAGCGGGGACGGUGAGUCACAGGAGCAACGUUCGUUGGUUGCCUUGUUUGCCCCCGGAGAAAACCCUUUGAUUCCUCUCCGUCCCGGCGAUCGCCAACGACAGCUGCCUGCAAUGGCAUCGUCCUCCGCCGCCGCCGCCCCGCUGCUCACCCCCAAGCCCGACCCCGACGCGCCCCUGCCGGCCCCCACGGUCGAGGUCACCCCCGAGCUCUGCGCCGCGCUGCGACGCGAGCUCGAGCGCUCCCCCGACGACCUGCCGGACUUCGUCCACGGCCUCCGCCUCGCCCAGGAACGCCUCGACGCCAUCUCCGCCUACCUCGUCUCCGCCAGGCCGCCUAUGCCUCCGCUGACCGCCACGCCGACCGCCACGACGCCUAUGCCUCCGCCGGCCGCCACGCCGCCUAUGCCGCCGCCGGCCGCCACCAAACGGCCGCUGGUGGCACCGGAGGCCUCUUCCUCGGCCGCCGCCAAGGGCAAGAGGCGCGCGCGGGGCACGGGCGCCACCGAGAUGGUGCGCGCCACCGUGCCCGCGGGGCCCGACCACGUCCACGCCCGCAACCUCGUCCGCCGCGCGCGCCUCAUCUUCGAGGCGCUCCGGGUCGUCUACCACCGCGGCGACGCCGGCGCGGGCGAGGGCGCCCGCAAGCGCGCCGACCUGAGCGCCCUCAGCGUCAUGUUCGACCGCGGGCUCGGCCUCUACCGCGACGUGCGCAUCGUGGGGUCCAUCCCGGGCGUCUUCGUCGGCGACGUCUUCUUCUACCGCGCCGAGCUCUGCGUCGUCGGCCUCCACAACCAUGUCCAGGGCGGCAUCGGCUACAUCCCCGCCAGCGUCGUCAGCAAGGGCAAGCCCGUCGCUACCAGCAUUGUCUCCUCCGGCGGCUACCUCGACGACCACGACGGCGGCGGCGACGUGCUCGUCUACACCGGCAGCGGCGGCCGCCCGCGCAACGGCGGUGAGCACUUCGCCGACCAGAAGCUCGAGGGCGGCAACCUCUCGCUCGUCUACAGCUGCGAGUACGGCAUCGAGGUGCGCGUCGUCCGCUCCCACGACUGCGAGGCCAGCCCCAGCGGCAAGGCCUACGUCUACGACGGCCUCUACAAGGUCGAGAGCUCCACCUACGGCCCCGGCAAGUCCGGCCCCGACGUCUGCAAGUUCAAGCUCGUGCGCAUCCCCGGCCAGGGCGAACUCGGCAGCAGCGUCUGGCACGCCGCCGGGGAGCUCGGGAACGCGCUGGCCUCCGGAAUCCGGCCCCGCGGCUACCUCUCGCUGGACCUGUCCAAGGGCAAGGAGCGGCUCCGUGUCCCCGUCUGCAACAAGGUGGAUCAGGACAGCUCGCCCCUGGACUUCGAGUACAUUGCCCACCCUGAUUUCCGGGCCGCCCGAGUGCCCAGGCCGGUGAAGCGCUACAAGGCCUGCCAUUGCGGGACGACGUGUGGUGCUGCUAGGUCGGCGGCGGCGGCGUGCAAGUGCGUCUGCGUGCGGAAGAACGGCGGAGGCCCGGUGUACAACGCGGACGGGACGCUCGUCAGGGGAAGGCCGGUGGUGUACGAGUGCGGCGCCCUGUGCGGGUGCCCCGCGGCGAGCUGCUUGAACCGGGCGACGCAGCGUGGCAUGGAGCACCAGCUGGAGGUGUUCCGGUCCAAGGAGACAGAGUGGGGCGUCAGGACGCUGGGCCUGAUACAGCCGGGCGCCUUCGUCUGCGAGUACAGCGGGGACGUGGUCACUGUCGACGACGGCCAAUCGACGGAUUGGGGCUGCUUCGUCGACCCGAGGAAGUUCCCGGCGAGGUGGAGAGAGUGGGGAGAUGCCUCUGCGGUGCUGCCGGACGAGGAGGGCCACAAGUUCCCUGAGCCGAUCACGGGGCCGGGGUACGUGCUCGAUGUGUCCCGGAGGAGGAACUUUGCUGCCUACAUCAGCCACAGCAGCGCCCCGAAUGUGUUCGUCCAGUUCGUGAUCCGUGGCAACGAGGACGAGUCGUUCCCUCACCUCAUGGUGUUCGCCAUGGACACCAUCCCGCCGAUGCGGGAGCUGAGCAUCGACUACGGCAUCGAUCAGCAGGGUUGAUUCUCGGUGAUCCUUCGUGGCCGGCAACAUUCUGAAGCUGAGAAUAUAUACGGCCGGUGGUGAUCUCUCGCUGGAGGUUAAGAUAUAUAGAUAGUGUUAACUGCUAAUUGUAUCUGAUGUGGCAAAAAACAACUUCAUAUUUAAGAACUCCGCACUGUGAUUCAUGUGGUGGAAGCAAACUCUCCGAACCUUAGUCACCUCCAGCUGAAUUUUGUGACUCCUUUUUCUGCCUGGUUUUUUGCUUUGUUCCCAUCCCAGUUCUGAAGCUGAGAAUAUUUCAUAGUAAACCUUUGUGUUAUGUUAGAUCAAUGUUGACUCGUUGUGCUAUAGUUCGGAGCAGAGUAAUUAUGCCUGGCAAAUUGUGAUAAACAACUGUCUAAUGGUGGAUUUCAUCAGGUCAAAACUAAAGCUACAAUGUAUUCAAAUUUGUUCCAUUCUAGAUGAAUCCAAACUUACUUGUGACUUCAUACAAAUUUGUUCUGUCCUCUGUUCUAUUGUGACAUGCUUCUUUUGUUUCAUGUAAACUGUGGAUGUGACCUGAAGUUGACUACAGCAAAUGCCAUUGAUGAAACGCUUGCCUGUUGAAGAUGGUAUUUGGAUUGCUCGUCGAAGACAACUUGACACAGAGUAUAGGUAACCCCGCACCAAAGUUAGCUUGCUCAUCAGUUUUGCAUGCAAAGCAGGUUCCAUAGAAUGGUCUUUCACCAGGCCCUUUCAAAGACUGAAAGUUUCAGAACAUGUGAACAUGUAACCACUUAAAACAGGCCCCCCUUUUUAAAGUUACGUCUAUGUGUAGAAUCCGAGGGGAAGGGGAUAAUUGUCUCAAUUUAUCCCGGCCUGUUCGCAUGGAACUGGAAGUAGAGAAGGCAGUAUGAGCCGAAAGCCAGAGCUUUGCGGGAGGCGGUUCGUGAGAAGUGGACGCUGCCGCAAGAUUCUGAAUUCAAACGGUCCGGACCUGACUGGGUUCUGCUGUCUUUAAGUAAAGAGAAGGAAGAGUGUAGGGCAAAGCUGAUGCUAGUGUGGUGGAGGGCAUGGCACUGGAGAAAUGAUAUCAUUUUCAGUAAAGGAGACGCUUCAGUUACGGCGUCUGCGCAUUUUCUGUUCAGUUAUGCCGAUGCUAUGAUCUGCCUGAGAGAUCAUAUUCCUGCUCCGGAUCUUAAAGGGAAGAAGCCAUUGUUCUCUGACAGUUCUGGAAACCAACCCCCAAUCGUGACAAAAAAUUCUGAGUGGACUCGGCCGGACUCAGGCUGGGCCAAGCUGAAUGUGGAUGCCAGUUACAUACAGUAGGGCGAUUGUUCGGGAUGCUAAUGGAAAAGCCCUUGCCUGGGACGUGAUUGCAAA